UUGGUAUCUUUUCUGUCUAUCUCUUGUGUUUCAGUACAAACAGUAGUGAUUGUCGGUGGUUGAAAAAAGGGCAUUAACUUCAAGCGCAAUCGCUUAGAAUGAUUUAUUCAAAUAAUUCCGGACAGUAGAAUGUAGAGUAGUUGAUUCUGUGCAACUGUGCAGUAGAAAUUGCAUGAAAUUACUAGUGAUUUGAUCAUUCUGGCGAUGGGUCAGGGAUUUCCAUCCCGCAAGUAAUACAGUAGCUCAGAGCAGAAAUAGAUACAUCAACUCCAGUUGCUACCGAUUGCUGCAUGCUCUAGUAUAAACUACAAUCUAAUCCGACUUAAACAAGGACAUUUUCAACCAUCAAGUACCGGCUGAAAAGAGGGAGUAUUCAUCUUUCUUUUGAGGUCAUCCUACACGUGUAGAAAAAAUGGCCGUUUUUGGACUGGUCUCAGCGGUAGCGGGCUUUGUAAAGGUUCGCUACCUUAUAGACAAAGCUAUCAUUGAUAAUAUGGUUUUCCGAUGUCACUAUCGAAUUACAAGUGCUAUCCUAUUCGUCUGCUGUAUAAUCGUAACCGCCAACAAUUUGAUCGGGGAGCCAAUAUCAUGCAUCCAUGAUGGAGCUGUUCCAACACAUGUCAUCAAUACAUUCUGCUGGGUCAUGUAUACGUUCUCAAUCCCCCGACAACAGUAUAAGCAUAUAGGGACAGAGGUUGCGAACUAUGGUCUAGGAAAUGAAUAUAACAACGAAAAACGCUUCCACAGUUAUUACCAGUGGGUUCCAUUCAUGUUGUUCUUCCAAGGCAUCCUGUUCUAUAUGCCUCACUGGAUCUGGAAGAACUGGGAAGAUGGAAAAGUUCGUAUGAUAACAGAUGGUAUUCGAGGCGUUUCAACAACCACCGUCCCAGCUGAAGAACGUCAUGCUAGACAAAGCAUUUUGGCACGUUAUGUCAUGAUAAGCUUACGCACCCAUAAUACCUACGCGUUUGGAUAUUUCCUCUGUGAAGCGCUCAAUUUUAUUAAUGUCGUAGGAAAUAUAUUUUUCGUGGAUAAGUUCUUAGGUGGAGCCUUUACAACGUAUGGGACCGAAGUUAUUAAGUUUUCAAAUAUGAUACAGGAUACACGCUAUGAUCCUAUGAUAGAGAUCUUUCCGCGUGUCACAAAAUGUACAUUCCGCAAAUUCGGUCCAGGAGGUUCACCACAGAAACAUGAUACGCUUUGCAUUCUCGCUUUGAAUAUAUUAAAUGAAAAGAUAUACAUAUUCUUAUGGUUUUGGUUCAUCAUCUUAUCUAUCAUAUCUGGCCUAGCUAUCCUAUUCUCAGCAAUUCUGAUAAUGAUGCCUACAAGCCGCGAACGUAUUAUCAAACGUCGUUUCCGACAUGCAUCCUCAAAAGAAGUUGAACGACUUGUACGAUGCCUUGAUAUUGGCGACUUCCUCCUGCUCCACUUCCUCGGACAAAACAUCAGCAUAUCCAUGUAUAGCGAUAUGUUACAAGAAAUCUGUCACAACUUCGAAGCUUGCGAGGGUGGAACACCAUCAGCGCCCUCAACUAUGGAAAUGAAUCCAAUACACCCAUUAUAUCCGGACACGGAGAAGCACGGAAAAGAAACGGAAACCUAAUCUCAAAAUAUCGAUAUCACUAAAGCUGAGCAGCAUUCUUUUUAAGAGCACAAAAUGUCCUGGCCUGAAGUAUCGUUUCCAAGGACAUAUUGCUGCAUUAUAUUUAUAUAUAAAAUUUAAAUAUUACGAAGACUGUCUCGAAAUCAAAAUUUCAACAUUUUGGAAUAGAAAAAUUGAAUAAACGUAAGAGAAUGUGAAAUUUAAGCAAUUUUAAAUUAAAUUUUAAUAUUUUCGUCAUUUUUAAGUAGCGAAAAAGUGUCAAUAUCGAGACUAGUAAGACGACAACGAAUAGAAUUAGAAUUAAUUUUCUUAAAUAAUCAUUAUUUUGUCAAUUUCAAUAGAAGCCUAGUGUUUAUGUUUUAGCGGAAAAUUAAGUAUUGCCAUUGGUUAAAUAUGCAUUGUGAUUAAAAUUAAGAGAAUAUUUUUAUGAAGCUAUAUAUUUUACGAGCACUUAAAAGGAUAUAGUCUUGAUAAAAUUCUUCUUCCAAAAUAUACUUAUAUUUUUUAUA